UGGGGAGCGGUCGGUGUGCGGUCUCCUCAAGGCCAGCCAGGGCUGCGUUUGCCUUCUGUGGGUGGCCGUUAUACCUUGAGGGGGCGGGUUGUCUUUUCUAGGGGUGACAGUGCUGGGAAGGGCCUUUUCUCACAGAGGUGCUGAGUGCAGUUCCACGCUGGGAUCGGGGAGGUUUGGGGAGGCUCAGCUGAGGGGAGUUCAGUUCCACUAAUGGUCCAGGAGCAAGCUCCUUCUUAGAAAAGGCAUUUUCCUUAUCUGCAGGUGCGGGUACAUUUCAUUCUUGGAGAUGGUGGGGAAGGCUUGAGUCAGGUACAUGGUGCUGAGUGGUUAAAGGCUUAAUGAGAAGGUGGCUCAACAGAAUAGUUGGAGAGGAGUUGCUCCCUCCAAUGCCUCCUUAAAUUGUCCAAGCCUGGUGGUGGUUUUGAAAGGGGAGGGUUGAGUUUUGGCUGGAGGUGCCUUAAAUGUGGAGAGCUGCUGUUUAGGGUUCUUUGGAAAGGUGUUGGUUGGCCCUUCAGAGCACUGCUUUCAAAGGCUUGGGUUUCACCUAAAUAGGCCUACAAUAUUCUAUUCACCACAUACUGCAAGCUUGGGGGAGUUCUGUGCUGGUGUGACAAGGAAGAUGCCAGUACUGGGGUUUAUUAGAUGAAUUCCCCUGCCCCGUUUCAUUAAAAUUACGACAUUUGUUUGAACCGACCCAGGUUAAUUGUGCAGGAAGUGUUUGUGGGGUUGGGUACUGACUUGCGAAAGCUGAAUAGCUGCAGCCUGGGCUUGCCCACACUUGUGAGCGGUGGUCGUACAUGUGUUAAUGCAGAUGUUUUAUUAACAGACAGAAGAGUAUCUGCAAAAUGGCAACUGCUCAGAAACAAAGGAAUUGUGUGAGUGCAGUUGUUUUUCCUAACAAAAUAUCUACUGAACAGCAAUCCCUGAUGCUAGUGAAGAGGCUCCUGGCAGUAGCUGUGUCCUGCAUUACAUACCUGAGAGGCAUCUUUCCUGAAAGUGCCUAUGGAACAAGAUACAUGGACGAUAUCUGUGUCAAAAUUCUGCGGGAAGACAAGAACUGUCCUGGCUCUACUCAGCUGGUGAAAUGGAUGUUAGGAUGCUAUGAUGCCUUGCAGAAGAAAUAUGUCUAUACCCAUCCAGAAGAUCCUCAGACAAUUACAGAAUGUUACCACUUCAAAUUCAAGUACACCCACAAUGGGCCACUCCUGGAUUUCGGCAGUAACAGUAAAAGGAAUGAUUCCACUAUCACCUGUGCAGACACCAAGAAAGCAAGUAUCCUCCUGAUUCGCAAAAUUUAUGUUCUGAUGCAAAACCUGAGUCCGUUACCAAAUGAUGUUUGCCUGACUAUGAAGCUGUUUUAUUAUGAUGAAGUUACGCCAUCUGAUUACCAACCGCCUGGUUUUAAAGAGGGUGAAUGUGAGGGAGUGAUAUUUGAGGGGGAGCCUAUGUAUCUGAAUGUGGGUGAAGUGCCAACGCCAUUUCAUAUGCUGAAAGUUAAAGUUACAACUGAAAAACAACGAAUGGAAAAUGUUGAUAAAAGCAUCCUAAAGAGCGGAGAGACUACUGUGCCACUCCAGAUGCUCAGAGUGGACAGAGAUGAAGAAGAGGAGAACCAGAACAUGAAUGAAGAUCCUGUUUCGGAUAAUAAAGUGGAAGAUAGAAAUAAUGUAAAUAUUUCAGAAGCUCAAGAGCCAAAUUUAACUUGCGAAGAAGAUGAAGUUAUGAAGGCUGGAGGGAACCAGAAUCUGUAUGUUUCUAAUCCUCAGGUUGAUCAUUUGGCAAGUAAGACAUCUGAACUUAAUGUGUCAGAGAGCAGGACAAGAAGUGGAAAGCUAUUUCAGGCCAGCACUGUCCAUCAGUUCGAGCUCUCAUCGAGUCAAGAUGUGCUGCCCAAAAGGAGGAAGAUCAGUGAGCCGAAGGAGCAGUUCUAGAUGCCUGUCUCCCUCCUGUUUGUUUAUGGAGUUCUCCACACCUCUUCUAGUUCGUUGUUUAAUGUGGUUGUUCAGACUUUGAUAACUUUUAGGGAUCUUUUCUGUUCUAUUUGUGAUCUAAAUGGGGAGUAUUUUAAGGAAAUAAGAUCUGUUAAGAGGCACAGCUGAAGAAAUCGGAACAAUGUUCUUGGAAGGCCUUACCCCAUCAGGGAAGACAGAAGGAUGUGAUGUGGGGGAUUUGCCUCCAUGCGGAUACCACGUGUAAAUCCCGGUGGCCAUCAUGUUGUGGUCACAGCCCACUACCCGGUUUCUCUCCUGCCAAAGCUGUGGAGCUCCCAGCCCAGCCUCCCCCUGAUGGCGUAUGGACCCCAGGGCUCUUUCCACAGCCUUGCCCAGGGUUGCCAGUUGCAGCAGGGUUAUAUUUUUCACAGUUCCUAUUGGGACAAUUACUGGGUGUUGAUGCUUUGGCACCUUCAUCCCUUCAAGUACAUACUUCAUGCCAAAAUGUGGGAGUUUCUGUACAGCUGUGAUGAGAUGUAAUUACAAAGGAAGUGUUCAAUGGUGGCAGGCAUCUACUGUAAUGGUGUGAGAUGAAGAAAUACUUAAAAUGAUUAACGGCAGUA